CUAGACAAUUUUAAAUUACAACAUUCUAUACUUCAUUUCCUUAUUGGCUUAUAAUUCUUAUAACUAUAGAAAUAAUUCCCCCUAAUAAUAGUGGUCUCAAUAUAAUUAAAAAGGUUAUAAAGAUUUAAGAAUCGGCCCACACUUGACCUAAAUAGAAUAGUAAAAGUAUCAAGUGGCUUGUGAGUAGGGCCAUGGCCACGUGAUUUAGUUUCUUGAAUUUUCUGUAUUUCCACUCUUCUUUCUUCAUUCUCUACUUCUUUCAGAAUUCACACCAUUCAACCCAAAAUGCAAAACUUUUCCUCUUUUAUGGUCUUAAAAAUUAAAUAAAUAAAACCCCAAAACCUAACAACACUUCACACUCUUUCUCUCAUUUCUCUCUCUCUCUUUUAAAACACUAAAUUCUCGAUUCGCUUAUAUUCUCAAAACCAACGCUAAAUAAAAACACUCUCAAAGAAAAACAAAAAAAAACCCUAGUUUUGAUGGAAUCGACUGAUUCGGGGUCACAACAACAUGGAGGUGACCCAGGUCCGUCCUCCGUAACGCCCUCUUCACCUCCGGCGACGCCACCUAGCAGGUACGAGUCGCAGAAACGACGUGACUGGAACACGUUCUUGCAGUACCUCAAGAACCAUAAGCCGCCUCUCGCGUUAUCACGAUGUAGCGGAGCGCACGUGAUCGAGUUCCUCAAGUACCUAGAUCAGUUCGGUAAGACCAAAGUCCACGUGGCGACCUGUCCUUACUUCGGACAUCAGCAGCCUCCCUCUCCUUGCGCUUGUCCUCUCAAGCAAGCCUGGGGAUCUCUCGAUGCUCUGAUCGGACGGUUGAGAGCUGCGUACGAGGAGCACGGUGGGAGGCCUGAUUCCAACCCUUUCGCCGCACGUGCGGUCAGGAUUUACUUGAGAGAAGUCAGAGAAAGUCAAGCCAAGGCACGUGGGAUUCCAUACGAGAAGAAGAAACGGAAACGGGCACCAACUGUCACCACCGCUAGAAUUGACGUUGCUCCGUCGAGACAAAGUGAAGGAGGUGGUGGUUGUAACGUCAGUGAUCCGUCUGUCGCCGAAGCUGUACCGCCUUAAAUUAAAUUAUUAUAUCAUAUUAAUUAGUUUUCUUGUUAUAUUAAGCAUGGAACUCACACCUUUCGUACUAUAAUGUAUUUUAUUUUUCUAUAUGAACUAUUAAGAGUUUUCUUUUGUUAACCGA